AAGAGAUCUGGAAAUAAAAAAAAAAUAGGACGCAAAACCCUCGAUCGUACUACUACUACUACUACUACUAGGGUUUACACGAACCGGAGCCAGACGGCCAGACCCAAACAGCAAUGGAGGUGGACUGUGUCACUAAUUCUUCUCUUGAGAGGAGAAUAUGGGCUAGCUUUGUUGUGGAAAGUAUGGUGGUUGAGACUGUUUUUAAGUCUCUUGCUUGCUUCUUCUAUGUGGCUGGCUCACUGUUGAAUGAUAUCAAUGCAUCACCAAAGUUGACAGCAAUCGAUGAGAGGUUUCCUAUGGAUCAACUAUUCAGGAAGAAAAGCCCUGAUGCAGAAAACAAAGAUGCUAGUGAUACAGAAGAUGACGACGAUGAAGAUGCAGAUGAAGAUAAUGCAGAUCCAGAUGAUGAUGCAAACGAUGAGGAUUUUUCAGGCGGUGAAGGGGUGGAAGAAGUAGACCCUGAGGAUGAUCCUGAAGCCAAUGGUGAAGGAGGAAGUGAUGAUGAGGAUGAAGACGAUGACGACGACGAUGAUGGUGACGGAGAGGAUGAUGGUGACGGAGAGGAUGAAGACGAGGAAGAAGAGGAGGAGGAGGAGGAAGAGGAUGAGGUUCCCCAGCCACCCUCUAAGAAGAGGAAGUGAUUAACAGGUCUUAUAGGGUAGUUUAGGUUUAAGUAGGGGAGAGAAUUGCGAUUGCGAGUCUGCAUAGAGUAGAAUUUACUAUCCUUGUCCUUAAUGAAUCUGUAUUCUGCUACCAUUGGUGUCUUGCUACUACAGAUUAUUGUGAUGUACAAUGUUAACUUUAUUUUAAUUAAACAAUGGAACUGCUUAUAUCA